UCAGCAAGUACUGGAAAAACCCAGCGGCACAGACAUUAAAUUUCAUAAAUCCAUUUUUCAAAACUUUCGGUUAAUAAUAAUAAACAAUGAAGGCAUUUAUCAUCCUGUUGGCUACUGUCGCCACUUCCUUGGCUUCACCCGGAUAUCUGUACGGUUAUGCACCACUUGGACACGAUGGAAGAGUGGUUGAUACUCCUGAAGUAGCUCAUGCUAAAGCAGAGCACUUGGCAGCUCAUGCCAAGGAAGCAUCCAAACACGCCCUGAGCUAUGGCUAUGGUCCAGGAUAUGCUCCAGAGGUAUCAUACGGUGGACACCACGACAACAUCAAGUACCACGGACCCCCAGCUCCUCUUGGUCACGAUGGAAGAGUCGUUGAGACACCAGAGGUUGCUCACCUCAGAGCUGCCCAUCUUCAAGCUCAUGCGCAGGAGGCAGCCAAAGCUUCCUACGGCCAUGGCUAUGACGCCGUGGAAUACCACUAUUCUCCUGCAUAUUCCUAUGGACACUACAAGCCUGCCCCGCUUGGACACGAUGGACGUGUCGUAGAUACUCCUGAAGUAGCUCACGCCAAAGCUGCACACUACGCUGCUUACCACGCAGCGGCUGCCCCAGUCCAUCACUACUAAACUCCCCCGUGCACAUUUUUUACUACUGUCUAAAGAUACGAAAUGUUUGAUUUGUUUUUUGAAAUAAAAUGUAUUAUUUUUUUUUGAAAAA